AUGAGAGCUAAUCAGGGUAUUGGCAAAGAAACCGCAUAUCAGUUAUCACUUCGAGGAGCAAAGAUAAUCAUUGGCUGUAGGGAUGAGUUGAGGGCAGAGAAUGCCAUCAAAGAGAUUGUGUCGAGGAAUCCAAACGCAAACAUAAUUCACAUUAAACUCGAUUUGUCUUCUCUUCAGUCGAUUCGCGCAUUCGUUCAACAAAUCUAUGAAAACGAGACGAAAAUUGAUUUACUUAUAAAUAACGCCGGAAUUGGUUUCACUCCGGAGUUGAAAACGGCCGAUGGUUUUGAGUUGGCGUUUGGGACCAACCAUUUGGGACACUAUCUCUUAACUCUACAAUUACUGCCAUUACUACGAAAAGCGCCGAAAGCACGGGUAGUCAAUGUGUCGUCUAUGGCGCAGGCAUUCGGGAGAAUCCAUUUCGAGAACAUAAACCUCAGGAACGGUGUGUACAACCAGUCGGACGCCUACUCUCAAAGCAAAUUAGCAAACGUUUUGUUUACACGAGAAUUGGCUAAACGUUUGGGUCCGGACAGCACUGUCACCGCCUAUGCUUUACAUCCCGGUGCUAUCCAAACGGAAUGGUAUCGUAAUAUGAACUCACGAGUAGCGCAAGCAAUGGCGAGGAUUAUGGGUAGGAUUGUUGGCUUAUCUGUGGAGAGGGGCUGUCAGACCACCCUUUACUGUGCUCUCGAGGAAUCACUGGACAAUGAGUCCGGAUUUUUCUAUGCUAAUUGUUUGCGCGUUCAUAAUAUGCCCACAAAUUCAAGGGAUGAUAAAAGUGCGGAACAGUUGUGGCAUUUGAGCGCAGAUUUGGUUCAACUCGAAGAUCAUUACAAAUUGACUAAACAUGCUUGGUCAACUACUGCUUAA